UUUGAUAAUUUGAUUUGAAAUUUUUGAAUUUUUUGAAGUUUGAACUUUUUUCAAAAUAUUUCAACCGAGUCUGUCGAAUUUAUCAAAAAAUCAAAAUUAUUUGCUUGUGUAGUGUUUCCCUUUAUCGAAUAUUUUGUUACUGUAGUACCCUCGCUCUCAAUUAAUGACAAAUAUCGUAAUUUUAUCGAUGCUUUAAUAGUCUUUACGAGUAUCAAAAAUGUCAUUUCUGCGACUCAAACGUACCAUCACCGAGGACCCCAAAGAAAUCCUAGUUUUAGCCAGUAAAAAGAAGAAAAUCGAGAAUGUCCAACAAGACGCGUCAAUUUUCGAGUUAACUGGAACUACCAGUCAAAAAGACGACAUCGACGGUAUCAUCGCCACCAAAGUAAAUGACAUACGAGAUUCGCAAGUAAAAAAGUUCAAUUUGGAAAAAAUCACUAAUCAGUUGAGAUCCGAGCAUUUGCAACGUUCAAAACAUAACCGACUCCAGGUAUUAAACUGUAUACGAAAAAUAGAAGACGAACCAGAAAAAUCUGUAACAAUUAUAGACGUUACCAACGAUGAUGAAAGUUCUUCCAGUACUGAACAAGAUUACGUUUACGAUAUUUAUUACUCCAAGAGUGGCGUUGUUAUCGAUGAUUCGCAAGCUAUCGAGGAUUGCGACGUUCAUGAGAUCAACGGUUGUACUUGGGCGGAAAAUGCAAAUUCAUCGGAAGAAGAAAAUAAUGGCGUGGACGAUGAUGACGACUCGAACGAUGAAAACAACUGGCGCAAUGAUUAUCCCGAUGAAGAUUACGAAUUAAAUAGUGACGAAGACGACGAGUUUGAGGCGCUUUCUCGUAGAAUAAAACAAUCGCGAUUAUCCGACGAUUCCCUCUCCAGUGAUGAUUUCGACGAAGAUAUUAACGACGAUUUGUUUGGCGUACGUCGUCGAAAUCACAAACGUAGUGACGAUAUUGAUUACUAUGAUGAAGUAGUCAGCGAUGAACCGGAGUCCGAUGAUGAAGUUUUGUCUUCGUAAUCCAUCAAUCAUAUUCUAUUCUUUUGCCUCUCUUGUUUUUUUUUUUAAAUACCAAAAUCUUGAUGUUUUUUGAACCAUAAGUUUUGUUAAUUUUUAAUCGAAAUAUAUAUAUAUUCUUUUGUAAAA